AUGACAACAUGAUCAUGCAUGAAUUUACAAGAUAGAGCAUCACCAAUCAUAGAACAACUAAUCUUCUUCCAUGAUCAUACCAUAAUAAUCAUCACAAUAAUUCUAGCAAUAGUAUUAUACUUCAUAGCAUCAACAAUUAUUAACGAACUCGUAGACCGAUAUAUACUAGAAGGUCAAACAAUAGAACUAAUAUGAACAAUUGUGCCAGCAGUAAUUCUUCUAUUCAUCACCACUCCAUCUUUACGAUUAUUAUACCUUAUAGACGAAAUCCACAACCCAAUUAUAACAAUUAAAACUAUUGGACACCAAUGAUACUGAAGUUAUGAAUACUCAGACUUCGUCAACGUUGAAUUCGACUCAUAUAUAACACCAUAUGAAGGAGACAAUAAAAGAAUAUUCCGACUACUAGAAACAGAUAACCACGUAACUUUACCAAUACACUCAUUCAUCCGAAUUAUCGUAACAGCUGCUGAUGUACUUCACUCGUGAACAAUCCCUAGAUUGGGGAUCAAAGCCGAUGCAACACCAGGCCGAUUAAAUCAAUCAAGAUUUAUAAUCAACCGCCCCGGACUACUUUAUGGUCAAUGCUCAGAAAUCUGCGGAGCAAACCACAGAUUCAUACCCAUCGUAAUUGAAAGAGUAUCAACAGAGAAUUUUAUUGAAUGAAUUAAAAAACUAAGCGAAU